AUGGCGGCUGCCAACGCUCCGAUUACCAUGAAAGAAGCCCUCACGCUGCCUAGCGUAGGGAUCAAUUCUCAGUUCAUCACUUUUACAAAUGUGACAAUGGAAUCGGAUAAGUAUAUAUGUGUUCGUGAGACUGCACCUCAGAAUAGUGUUGUGAUCAUCGAUAUGAAUAUGCCAAUGCAGCCUUUGAGGCGGCCCAUUACUGCAGAUUCUGCUCUUAUGAAUCCAAAUACUAGAAUUUUGGCACUAAAAGCUCAACUUCCUGGAACUACUCAAGAUCACUUGCAAAUAUUCAACAUCGAGGCAAAAGCAAAAAUGAAGUCACAUCAGAUGCCUGAGCAGGUUGUCUUUUGGAAGUGGAUCACCCCUAAGAUGUUGGGUUUGGUUACACAAUCCUCUGUAUACCACUGGUCAAUUGAAGGUGAUUCGGAACCUGUGAAGAUGUUUGAUAGAACAGCUAAUUUAGCAAACAACCAAAUUAUCAAUUACAGAUGUGAUCCUUCUGAGAAGUGGUUGGUUCUGAUUGGUAUUGCUCCUGGUUCGCCUGAGAGGCCUCAACUGGUCAAAGGAAAUAUGCAACUAUUUUCUGUGGAUCAGCAACGUAGUCAAGCUCUUGAAGGGCAUGCUGCAUCAUUUGCCUCAUUUAGAGUUCCUGGAAAUGAUAAGGAUUCUUUGCUUAUUUCUUUUGCUUCAAAAACCUCUAAUGCUGGACAGAUUACAUCUAAAUUGCAUGUCAUUGAGCUUGGAGCCCAGCCAGGGAAACCAUCCUUUACCAAAAAACAAGCAGAUCUUUUUUUCCCUCCAGAUUUUGUUGAUGAUUUUCCAGUGGCAAUGCAGAUUUCCCAUAAAUAUAGUUUGAUAUAUGUGAUUACGAAGCUGGGACUUCUCUUUGUCUAUGAUUUGGAAACUGCCACAGCAGUAUACAGAAAUAGGAUUAGUCCAGAUCCCAUCUUUCUGACUUCAGAAGCUUCAUCUGUUGGAGGUUUCUAUGCAAUCAAUAGGCGAGGCCAGGUUUUACUUGCUACAGUAAAUGAAACAACAAUCAUACCUUUUAUAAGUGGCCAAUUGAACAAUUUGGAGCUUGCUGUCAAUCUUGCCAAAAGAGGGAACCUUCCAGGUGCAGAGAAUUUGGUUGUCCAGCGUUUCCAAGAAUUGUUCGCCCAGACGAAGUAUAAAGAGGCUGCUGAGCUUGCUGCUGAUUCUCCUCAAGGCAUCCUCCGGACACCUGAUACAGUAGCCAAAUUUCAGAGUGUUCCUGUUCAAGCUGGGCAAACGCCACCAUUGCUGCAGUACUUUGGAACCCUUUUAACAAAAGGGAAGCUCAACGCAUUUGAGUCUUUGGAAUUAUCUCGCUUGGUCGUGAACCAAAACAAGAAGAAUCUCUUGGAAAACUGGCUAGCUGAGGAUAAACUGGAAUGUAGCGAGGAACUUGGAGACCUUGUGAAGACUGUGGACAAUGACCUUGCACUGAAAAUAUAUAUCAAAGCUAGAGCUACUCCAAAAGUUGUUGCAGCUUUUGCUGAGCGUAGGGAGUUCGAUAAAAUUUUGAUAUACUCCAAGCAGGUUGGAUAUACACCUGACUAUCUGUUCCUGCUGCAAACUAUUCUCCGAUCAGAUCCUCAGGGAGCUGUUAAUUUCGCUCUCAUGAUGUCUCAAAUGGAGGGAGGUUGUCCAGUUGAUUACAAUACCAUUACUGAUCUCUUUCUUCAGAGGAACAUGAUCCGUGAAGCAACUGCAUUUUUGUUAGAUGUUCUGAAACCAAAUUUGCCAGAACAUGCAUUCCUGCAAACCAAGGUCCUUGAAAUCAAUCUCGUGACCUUUCCUAAUGUGGCCGAUGCUAUUUUAGCGAAUGGGAUGUUUAGUCACUAUGACAGACCACGCAUUGGACAACUUUGUGAAAAAGCUGGCCUUUACAUACGAGCACUUCAGCACUAUACUGAACUUCCGGAUAUCAAACGUGUCAUUGUGAAUACUCAUGCAAUUGAGCCACAGGCUCUUGUGGAAUUCUUUGGGACACUUUCCCGAGAAUGGGGACUGGAGUGCAUGAAGGAUCUUCUUCUGGUCAAUUUGAGAGGCAACCUUCAGAUAAUUGUCCAAGUUGCAAAAGAAUAUUGUGAGCAGUUGGGGGUUGACUCUUGCAUAAAGAUAUUUGAGCAGUUUAAGUCGUAUGAAGGAUUAUAUUUCUUCUUGGGAUCAUAUUUGAGCUCCAGCGAGGAUCCUGACAUUCACUUCAAGUACAUUGAGGCAGCUUCCAAGACCGGACAAAUUAAGGAGGUUGAGCGUGUAACAAGAGAAUCAAAUUUCUAUGACCCCGAGAAGACGAAGAACUUUUUAAUGGAAGCGAAACUUCCAGAUGCUCGACCACUGAUCAAUGUGUGUGACCGCUUUGGUUUUGUUCCAGACUUAACACACUACCUUUACUCAAGCAACAUGCUCCGUUACAUUGAAGGUUAUGUGCAGAAGGUCAAUCCAGGAAAUGCUCCUCUAGUUGUCGGGCAACUCCUAGAUGAUGAGUGCCCUGAAGAUUUCAUUAAAGGCCUGAUCCUGUCUGUCCGUUCUCUGCUUCCAGUCGAGCCUCUUGUGGAGGAAUGUGAGAAAAGGAAUCGACUUCGCCUACUUACUCAAUUUUUGGAGCAUCUUGUGAGUGAAGGAAGCCAAGAUGUGCAUGUCCACAAUGCUCUGGGUAAAAUCAUAAUCGAUAGCAAUAACAAUCCAGAGCAUUUCUUGACCACCAACCCGUAUUAUGAUUCACGUGUUGUGGGUAAAUAUUGUGAGAAGCGUGACCCAACUCUUGCUGUUGUUGCUUAUCGGAGAGGGCAGUGUGAUGGUGAACUUAUUAAUGUAACAAAUAAGAAUUCUUUAUUCAAACUGCAAUCCAGGUAUGUAGUUGAAAGGAUGGACGGUGAUCUCUGGGCCAAAGUUCUUGACCCUGAAAAUGAAUAUAGAAGGCAGCUCAUUGAUCAAGUUGUAUCUACUGCUUUGCCCGAAAGCAAGAGCCCAGAACAAGUUUCUGCUGCUGUUAAAGCUUUCAUGACUGCUGAUCUUCCCCAUGAACUAAUUGAGUUGCUUGAAAAGAUUGUACUCCAAAACUCUGCUUUCAGUGGGAACUUUAACCUGCAAAACUUGCUAAUCUUGACUGCAAUUAAGGCUGAUCCAUCCAGAGUUAUGGACUAUGUUACUAGACUUGACAAUUUUGAUGGACCGGCAGUUGGGGAGGUGGCUGUAGAAGCCCAAUUGUAUGAAGAAGCUUUUGCUAUCUUCAAGAAGUUCCAGUUGAAUGUACAGGCUGUCAAUGUGUUGUUGGAUAAUAUUAGAGACGUUAACCGGGCAGUGGAAUUUGCAUUCCGUGUUGAAGAAGAUGCUGUUUGGAGUCAGGUGGCUAAAGCUCAACUAAGGGAAGGAUUAGUGAGUGAUGCAAUCGAAUCAUUUAUUCGUGCAGAUGAUGCCACUCAAUUCUUGGAAGUCAUCCGUGCUGCGGAGGAUGCAAAUGUUUAUCAUGACUUGGUGAAAUAUCUUCUGAUGGUUAGGCAGAAAACGAAGGAGCCCAAGGUGGAUAGCGAACUCAUUUAUGCAUAUGCUAAGAUUGAUAGGCUGGGUGACAUUGAAGAAUUCAUUCUCAUGCCAAAUGUUGCCAGUCUCCCUAAUGUUGGUGAUCGCUUGUAUGAUGAAGAGUUAUAUGAGGCGGCAAAGAUAAUUUUUGCUUUUAUAUCUAACUGGGCCAAGUUGGCGGUCACACUAGUGAAGUUGAAGCAAUUUCAAGGGGCUGUUGAUGCAGCACGGAAAGCAAAUAGUUCAAAGACGUGGAAAGAAGUCUGUUUUGCUUGUGUUGAUGCUGAGGAGUUCCGGUUAGCUCAAAUAUGCGGUCUUAAUAUCAUUGUACAGGUCGAUGACCUGGAAGAAGUUAGUGACUAUUAUCAGAACCGAGGAUGCUUCAAUGAGCUUAUCUCUCUUAUGGAGAGUGGUUUGGGACUUGAACGUGCACAUAUGGGCAUCUUCACAGAGCUUGGUGUCCUGUAUGCUAGAUACCGUCAUGAGAAACUCAUGGAGCAUAUCAAAUUAUUCUCUACCCGUCUCAACAUUCCCAAGCUAAUCCGAGCUUGCGAUGAGCAGCAGCACUGGAAGGAACUAACGUAUUUGUAUAUUCAAUAUGAUGAGUUUGAUAAUGCUGCCACUACCGUCAUGAAUCAUUCCCCCGAAGCUUGGGAUCACAUGCAAUUCAAAGAUAUUAUUGUCAAAGUUGCCAACGUGGAGUUAUAUUACAAGGCGGUGCACUUCUAUUUGCAAGAGCAUCCUGAUCUCAUUAAUGAUGUUCUAAAUGUCCUAGCUCUUCGAGUGGACCACACUCGUGUAGUGGACAUAAUGAGGAAGGCGGGCCACCUGCGUCUUGUUAAGCCAUACAUGGUUGCAGUUCAGAGCAAUAAUGUGUCUGCUGUGAAUGAAGCUCUCAAUGAGAUCUAUAUAGAGGAGGAGGAUUAUGACAGAUUGCGUGAAUCCAUUGAGUUGCAUGAUAACUUUGAUCAGAUUGGCCUUGCACAGAAGAUUGAGAAACAUGAGCUCCUUGAGAUGAGGCGUGUCGCAGCCUACAUUUACAAAAAGGCAGGUAGGUGGAAGCAAUCCAUUGCAUUGUCAAAGAAAGACAACCUUUACAAGGAUGCAAUGGAGACUGCUUCACAAUCUGGUGAUCGGGAACUUGCUGAGGAGUUGCUUGUUUACUUCAUUGAGCAGGGGAAAAAGGAAUGCUUUGCAUCGUGCCUAUUUGUUUGUUACGACUUGAUUCGCGCGGAUGUUGCCCUUGAACUUGCCUGGAUGAAUAAUAUGAUCGACUUUGCCUUCCCAUAUCUGUUGCAGUUUAUCCGUGAAUACAUGGGCAAAGUUGACGAACUAAUCAAGGACAAAAUUGAUGCUCUUAAUGAAGUGAAGGCUAAAGAGAAUGAGGAGAAGGACGUUAUGAAACAACAGAAUAUGUAUGCCCAGUUGCUGCCUCUUGCUUUGCCUGCACCACCUAUGCCAGGUAUGGGGGGUGGUGGAAUGGGAGGAGGUUUUGCUGCACAAAUGCCACCCCCACCUAUGCCUAUGGGUGGAAUGCCUCCAAUGCCACCGUUUGGCAUGCCACAAAUGGGGUCCUACUGA